UCUACAGAUGGGGAUGUUCGAACAGCUGCUGGUGAGGAGGCUUCAGAAGCAACAGCACAGGAUCCAGUUCUGUGAUAUCGUCAUCCAGGCCCAAGAUGUCUCCGUGCCCGUCCACAGCAGUGUGCUGUCGGCCUUCAGCCCGCGCCUCUGCGAGUUCCUGUCCGGCCUGCCAGCCCUCCCCGGGGGCAAGAGCCGGGUGAUCGAGCUGGAGGGGGUGGAGGGGUGCACCAUGCUGCGGCUGGUCAGGUGGCUUUACACAGGCACCGCGGAGGGGGAGGGCGCGGGCAUGGGCGUGGGCAUGGGCAAGGACCUGCUGAAGGCUGCCGAGAAGCUGGGCAUCACCCUCUUCCAGGAGAGGGGAGCGAGGGAGGAGGAUGAGAAGAGGGGAGGCGACGGAGAGGUGACGCUGAAGAACAACGGCAUGGCAUUUAAGAGAGUGAUCGCCCGAUGGAGUGAGGAAGAGAGGGGGAUGAAGAGGAGGGUGUGUAAGGACGCCGAGACCCAGACAGACGGGGAAGGAGGGAAACACACCGUGGACACGGACACGCAGACAGACCUCGUUGAUGUCACUUCCUCCCAGAGUGCUUUGUGCAUGUACAACAACAGGCCCGAUCUGGUCGACCUCCAGUCUGCCAUCGCCCCAUUGGACGCCCUCGGGCAGUUGCCCUGGGUGACCGGAGGAUGUUUCCACACGGCGUCGUCGGUCAACGAACCCACGCUCCUCACCACCCUCACUGACGACGAUGCCAUUCCCAUGGAGCUCCCCUCCACUCUGGACGAGUCCAUGGUGCGCCAGCUGAUCGGCGCAGUGGAGGUAGCGCCCACCCCUGAUAACUGGGAAGGAUGA